AUUCCAACAGUUUCGCCUUCUCAAGUUGCCGUAUCGAUCAGUUAUGAAUUCAUCAAAUCGAGUCACAACAAUUGUAUUGUUCAUCGUUGUUUUCGCCGUUUUUUGUUUCACAACACCAUCUAUGGCAGAUACCGAACGGAAUAUUGGUGUGUGCAUACGGAAUUGUGCACAAUGCAAGAAAAUGUUCGGCUCUUUUUUUAUCGGCCAGAAAUGCGCUGAUUAUUGCAUCAAAUAUAAAGGAAAAAGGUUUGUGGACUGCGAGGACGAGUUUUCGAUUCAGCCUUUUCUUCAAGUGCCUGAGACUGAUUAUUAAUCGAUCAAAAAGUUCUUCGACUCUCUCAUCUUUGCGUAACAUUAAAAUAUGUAAUUGCGUAU